AAGAUUUUUUUAACUAUUAUACUUGGAUUAGUAGUAUUAACUUCUCGGAUUUAACUUUGAUAGUGGUGCCCAGUUUAUUUCCAAAAAAUGGUUUAUAGUAACGGCCUCAGCCCAAUACCUCAGUCAAUCCAAGGCUCAUAUUUUAGACCACAAGCUUCGGUUUUGGACCUUUGAAAGCCCCAAAGUCUAGGGUUUUGUUGCACCUGAAUCUGUAACACAUUGUACGGAUAUGGAGAAACCAGUCGCGACACUCGAUAGAGGCACGACAUGCUCGGCCUGGAACUACUGCGGCGAGAGAUUAGCCGCAGGCUCCGUUGACGGUUCUCUAUCUGUCUUAGAUUCUCGUGACCCUUCCUCUUCUUCCUUCACUUGCUCCUCCAAAUUCAAGGCGCAUGAAACUGGCAUUGUGAAGGUUACUUGGAUCCCUCCUGAGUAUGGGGAUGCUGUUGCUUGCAUUUCCGAAGAUGGGACUUUAUCAAUAUGGGAAGAGCUUGUAGAAGGUACACAGCCUCUUCUAUGGAAGCUAUGCAAAAGCUUUAAGACUAGUUCCAAGGUUUUAGAUGUUCAAUUUGGAGUCAAUCAAACGAGUUUGAAAAUGGUUGCUGCUUACUCAGAUGGCUUUGUGAAAGUCUUUGAGCUCCUUGAUCCGUUGGAAUUAAACAACUGGCAACUUCAGGCUGAAUUUCAGAAUGUUAUAGAUUCUGUUUCUACAUUUGGGAAGGCUUCAUGCUUAACAGCGUCUAUUUCUUGGAAUCCUCAAAGGGGUGAAGGGCAAGAAUCGAGCUUUAUUUUGGGUUUCAAUUCUAAUACUCCACAACUCAAUUCUUCCAAGAUGUGGGAAUUUGAUCCAGCUCAUCAGAGAUGGCUGCCAGUGGCAGAGUUGGCUUUGCCUGGUGACAAGGGAGAUCAAGUUUAUUCUGUUGCAUGGGCACCGAACAUUGGACGGCCAUAUGAGGUAAUAGCUGUUGCAUCUCAGAAAGGAAUUUCUAUAUGGCAUGUUGGAUCAACCCCUGAUUUGGAUGGAAGGCUCUCAAUAGAGAAGGUUGCAUUGCUUUCUGGACACAACAGUGAGGUGUGGCAGAUGGAAUGGGAUAUGAGCGGAAUGACUUUGGCAACUACGGGAAGUGAUGGGCGUGUAAGGUUGUGGCAAUCCAACCUGAAAGGCACUUGGCAUGAACAAGCAGCAUUUGAACCCACUUCUUCCUAGUCCCGUCUUUAAUUCCCUCGCUCUUUUCUUGUUUUGCUUGCCAAAUUGUGCAUUUGUUUGUGAGUGCAUAGUUUCAAAAACCAUCUUCAUCCCCGUUAAGUUGUUUGAUUUUUUUUUAACUAUAAUAAUGGAGUCAAAACAGGAGGCUUUCAUUGUCUGUGCAUCCGUUUUUUUAUCACAUCAUAGCUGAAUUUCUCAUUUGGUAAACAACUUUCAUUUUAUGUUAGUGAUAGUCUACUCGUGUUUUAUUGAAAAUGAAC